AUGGAUGGCAAAAAGACAAGUAAUUCUGCCAGCCACAAUGGCUCCUGCUAUGGAGCUAUUUGGGUCCGAGGAUGUAAUUAUGAAGGCAAAUCUCUUGUUGAAAAUAUUGCCAUUCAGCUGUCUGUAGUUCCUUCUGAUGAUGAGUGGGAGGAAGAUGACAAUACUGAGAUGGAGCAGCAGGAGCAAGAAAAUGUCUUGGAAAAUCUGAAAUGGAGAAUACAGGAAAAGCUUAAAUUGAUGAAAACUGCAAAACUUGAUCAAAUGAAAACUUCAAAGCCUGAAGAGGAGAAAACAGCGAAGGUUGAUCAGAAAGAUGCUCCCGGAGAUGAAAAAGGUCCAUAUAUUCUUGUAGUUCUGGAUGAUUUUGAUAACAUGCGUCAUUGGAGAAUUUAUUCUGAUUUAAAUGACCUCCUCCAAGGUGUCAAGGCAGACUUUCCUAGGGCCUUGUGCAGGCCGCCACCUUCGGUGAGCGGGGAAACUACUGGAUUUGAAAGACUGUCUGCAGCUAUUGGAAAAGGUAGCCAGGGUCGUCCUGGGGUAAUUAUCAUGAUUGCAGAAGCUAUCAAUCGUGUUAAGGACUCUGAAUUGGACAAUGCAGUUGAAGAAAUGGCCUCUAUAAUUAAAUCUGCUGAUAAUGCAAAAUUAUGGCAACAUGUGUAUCAGAUGUUGCCAAGCACCCUCAGUAAGUGCUGUUGGCACUGCAGAUACUUGUUUGUCCAUCAUAAUAAGAUCCACUACAAUGAGCUGACAGCUCAUUGGUUAUUGGAAGGCUAUUUUGGUCACCAUGAUCAUUAUGAGACGGCCUAUGAGGAAGCACAUCAUACUCUGAUGGAGUUCAAAGUUCGUGGAUUUCUAAAAGAAAAAGAGGACAGUUAUAUUACUAUGGACAGUGAUGCUUUGGGAGUCGAAGAUCACCGACGUGAUGGACUCAGCGGGUCUGCACAUGUUGGUGUGGCUAGUGUGCUGGGUGAUCAUAGAUGGGCUGGUCUUGGGAGGGUUAUACAGAGCGAUGGGAUGAUAAAGACGAGUAGUAAGAAAAGCGAUGAGAUGUCCACACUCUUUAUAGAUGGUGCUCGUUUUCGCAGGGAAGUCCCUGAAACAUUUCUCCAACACAAAAACCAACUUAAAGUCCUGGUCAUCAUAAAUCCAAUGUUCGAAAAGGUGCCCUCACAACUUGCAGAAUUGAAGGAGCUUCAAGUACUUGUUCUGAGGGGCUGUCAUAUAUUGAAGAGCGUGGAUGAGAUCCAUAAACUUACAAACUUACUAGUUCUUGAGAUAUCUGGGGCUCGCAUGGUGAAGCAAAUCCAUGAUGAUAUUUUUGAGCAUAUGAAAGAUCUUAGGUCUCUUAACUUAUCUGAAGUUGGCAUCCGGUGGCUUCCUGCAUCUCUCCUAAAUCGGAGCGAACUCCGUUGGCUCAUUCUUAGAAAAUGUCCCAAUUUAAACCAAUUGUGUGAUACUAGUUUAUUGAAGAAAAAGGAAGCGGCAAGCGAGUCAGUGCUUUUAUUGGCAAAACUGGAAGUGGUUGAUUUCUCUGGUUCAGACUCUUUCUGGAGUAUCCAGGUCAAGAACCUCUCUCCGCUGGAAAAACUUCAAAUUCUCAAUCUUUCUAAAACCAGGAUUGGGCGCCUCCCCUUCUUUCAUAAUUUGGGGGAGCUCACUCGACUCCUCUGAGGUGACUGUCCAUCCCUGGCAAGACUCCCCACCCUAAAACCAUUAACUAAACUUAAGAUUCUCGAUCUUUCGAUGACAACAUGUUUGAAAGAAGUACAGGACGAUCCUCAGGAAACCAAGACUGACUUUAGAGUUCUGGAUCUCCCAGGUAGUGCUGUAAAUAAGUUACCUCUCAACAUCAGCAGCCUAUCUCAUCUUCUUUUGAGUAGUUGUGUUCAUCUGUGCAAAUUGCCAUCUACGCAAGGCCUCCCAGGCCUUGAGGAGCUGAACCUUUGUGAUGCCUCUGCACUGGAAGAAUUUGAAGACGGCUCAUUUGAACAUCUUAAUUCCCUUCAUCGACUCAUCCUCUCAAAUACUAAAAUCAAAGCUCUGCCAUCACUUUCUCAGCCUUCUGUAAGUUUGCUCUUGCUAAAGAAUUGUAAGUUCCUUACUAAGUUGCAAAACUUGCCUUUACUUCAGAAACUGGAAGUUCUUGAUCUGUCGGGAAGCUCCGAGUUGGUGAUAACAAGCAAUGACUCCUUUCAGGGCAUGUCUCGCCUGAAGACGGUCAAUCUCUCAGAGACUAAAAUCGAAAGCCUUCCACGAGAUUGCUUUCCUGUCAGCCUCCGUCACCUAAUAAUAAGAAAUUGCCCCCACUGGAAUAACCUUCCUUCCUUGGAAGCUCUAAAAAACCUAGAGGUCAUCAACCUCUGUGAAUUUGAGGAAUUGCCAUCUCUGUCCUGCCUCACUAACCUUAGGGAGCUCUCUCUGAGAGGUUGCUCCUGUAAAGUGUUGGAGCUCGAUGCCCUGAAGGAGCUUGAGCUGCUGGAUCUAUUGGGGACUAAGGUCGAGUCUUUACCUUGGCUGGAGACUUUUCGCAAGCUCCAACAACUACUGCUAGGAGAUUGUGCUGAUUUGGAAAGUUUGGAAAAUUUGAAGUCUCUUACCGAAUUGGAGGUUCUAGAUCUUUCGGGGACAAAAAUACAAGAAUUUCCCUAUGGAAUCUCGGAUCUGACUAGCCUGAAGAAGCUCAAUCUGCAGGAUAUGAAGCAUAUGAAAGAAAUUGACUGGAGCAAGAUAAAGUAUGUUCCAGAGGAGUUCAACUUGGGAGGUUGUGGAUCCCUAAGUUCUGAGAUUGCUGAAUCUUCUGACUGGCCUUCCAUAUCGAUUUGUGGUACCAGAUUUUUCCAGUUCGUGGAGGAGAAUCCCAUGCUGUGGGAUACAUGCUUCCAAAAAUUCCACUUUUCUGUUUGGCAUCCCAAAAAUUCAGAUGGAAGGAUAUACGACCUUGGAGACAGGAGACUACUGAUGGAUAUCGAAUCUCAAGGAGGAUUUCCUUAUCAUAAAGAACCUGGGCGGUAUCUGGAGAUCCAUGGAUCCUAUAGCAAAUUCAAUCCACCUGAGUGUGUUCUUGAGCUUUCUGAUCACAUAUCGCUAACAGAUGAUAGCUCUUUGAGGAACUUAUCUGAACUUGUUAAAGAGAAUCUAAGAUCAAUAAAGAGCUGUUGGCUUGAUAGGUGCAAAGGUAUCAGUAGUAUAGUUGAUGGUGAAGGAGAUGCCAGAGCUUCAGGAAAGCUUUACUCUCUUUAUCUGUGCAAUCUUUCUUCCUUGAGUUGCGUAUGUGAUGAUUCAGUGCAGUCUGAGGUCUUCGGAGGUCUUAAGCACUUGUAUAUAGAUUGUUGCCCGAUGCUCAUCAGCAUUUUCCCAUUCUCCAAGCUGCCAAAGAAGCUUGAAACCCUUCAAAUCAAAUUUUGUGAGAAAAUGGAAAGGCUAGUCAACCCUGAUAUGCCUGUAGAAUGUAACUUGCAGACGUUGGAUCUUCUGGAAUUACCAAAGCUUAAGAGAAUCAGGGUUAUGAUGGUCUCCCUGCGAGUACUGAAAGUGAGACAGUGUCCGGAUCUGGAGAAUUUAGAGGAAGUGCUUGGAGGAGCUGAAAACUUGGAAGUUCUCCAUAUUUUCCACGCUGCUAUGCUAGAGAGGAUACGCAGCCAGACAAUGAAGCCAGGGAGCUUCAAAAAUCUGAAACAGCUUAAAAUACAAUCUUGUCCCCAACUGGAACAAGUAUCUCCGUCAUCCGAAUUACCACCAAACCUGGAGAUUCUUGAGAUAGACUCGUGCAACAGCUUGAAAACUAUAUUUGGAGGCAGCUUUGCGGGUACUUCAUUGAAAAGAUUAAAACUCUGCAACUUGCCUAGUCUAAGCAGCACUGUGUUCAUAGUACCACAUCAAUGUCAUGUUGUCAGCAACUGCCAAAAUCUGCAAAUAGACCGAUCCAGUUAAGUCAGAGGCAUUUCUUGGGUCAUGAAUCUCUGAAGAUUUGUCGAAUGCAAGCAAAAUUUCACCUGAAAUGUCCUGGCAACCUUUUCUACUGUAAUAUAUUAACAUUCAUGGUCAUCAUCUCACUGGCUGUAAUGUCCAACCACACUCGCUCCAACAUAAGAUGCAUAUGUUUCCUUGAGGGAUGUGAUGCAGCACAGAAUUAGAUACUAGAAGUGUGACUUAAAUUUUCCAUACGAAGGAGUCUAUGAAGCCUGCACUGUUCUAUCGUGUUUGGUUUCAGGUUCCUCAUUUUGAAUGGAUACUUCCAUAUAUCUACUGUUUCGAAGUCCCGAGUAGAUUGAGAACUUUGUGAUGGUGGUGGUGUCAUGCUUCUCUCCUGGA